AUGAGUCGCUAUGGAGGGUCGCCGAGCUCGUUGGGCAAGUUAGAGAAUAACCCCAACGUGUCGAUCUUGGCAUAUUGUCUUUCGUCUAUCAGCAUGACCUUGAUCAACAAAUAUGUGGUCUCUGGUACGCACUGGAAUCUUCACUGGUUCUAUCUUGGCAUUCAGCAUAUUGUCUGUGUUGGUGCUAUCAUCUUGGGGAAACAAACAGGCUUGAUCAGGGAGCUGGCGCCAUUUGAUUCCAACAAAGCCAAGAGAUGGUUUCCCAUCUCUGCACUCCUUGUUGCCCAGAUUUUCACGGGAAACAAGGCUCUCCAGUUUCUAUCAGUCCCUGUAUUCACCAUCUUCAAGAACCUGACUAUAAUUGUCAUUGCCUAUGGUGAGGUUCUAUGGUUCGGCGGCAGCGUGACUUCUCCCAUGCUUCUAGCCUUUGGGUUGAUUGUGUUGAGCUCCGUUGUUGCCGCAUGGGCUGAUAUUCAAGCCGCUGUCUCAAGUGCAGACUCGCUCGAAGCAUCCGCGACCGUCUCUACCUUGAACGUUGGUUACGCAUGGAUGGGCAUGAACGUGUUCUGCGCAGCUGCUUUCGUCCUUGGUAUGCGCCGAAAGAUUAAGGGCAUGAACUUUAAGGACUGGGAUACAAUGUACUACAACAACCUUUUGACCAUCCCGAUUCUGGCCGUUGGAACCUUCUUGUUCGAGGACUGGUCCAGUGAGAAUCUCGCCAAGAACUUCCCAAUAGAGUCCCGCAAUGCAAUGAUCAUUGGCAUGAUCUACUCGGGCCUAGGAGCCAUCUUCAUCUCAUACUGCUCAGCUUGGUGCAUUCGAGUCACCACUUCGACAACUUACUCCAUGGUCGGUGCACUCAAUAAGCUGCCAAUUGCGAUCAGCGGUCUUAUCUUCUUCAAUGCCCCUGUCACCUUUGGUAGUGUGUCCGCUAUCUUCCUGGGCUUCAUCAGCGGUCUCGUCUAUGCUUGGGCAAAGGUUCGACAGAAGCAGGAUUCUACGAUGACUUUACCGACUACCAACCAGUUCGUCAUGAGUGCCAGUGCUCAAAGCAAGAAGGAUGUAGCUUAG